CACCAGCGCUGACGAUUACCUUGUGUUUCCGCCGAGGCCCUCAUAUAUGAAUAAACCCCAUUCCGGACCGCUUCUUUUUUUCCUUUCUUCUCUCUCUAUACCGCUAUCUGUUCUCUAAUAGACUUUCCUUCAUUUCGGGAAAGUUUUUUUUUGUUAGACCUGUAGCGAUUAUACCACACAACGACAAAAUGUCGAAAACCUUCACCACCGCCGAUGUUGCGGCGCAUAACUCCCCCAGCGACCUGUUCAUCAUCGUCGACGAGGAUGUCUACGACCUGACCAAGUUCCAGGACGACCACCCAGGUGGAAAGAAGAUCCUCACCAGGGUCGCCGGAAAGGACGCCUCCAAGCAGUUCUGGAAGUAUCACAAUGCCGGUAUUCUCAAGAAGUACAAGGCCAAGCUCCAGGUUGGAUCUUUGGAUACCAAGAAGUCCGAAGCACCUCCACCACCUCCUCCAGCACCAGCACCAGCAGCUGCGCCGGUUGCCACAUCCGCUCCCAUCGCCAAGGCCGACAAAUCGCAAUUCGAGCCUUUGGAGGAGUUUGGCGACAUGAUCCCAUACGCUGACCCAUCGUGGUAUCAGACUUACCACUCCCCAUACCACAACGAGACCCACGUUGCUCUGCGCGCCGAGAUCCGCGCCUUCGUUGAGGAGAAGAUUGAGCCAUUCGUGACUGAAUGGGACGAGGCCAAGGAGGUCCCUGAGGCCAUCUACAAGGAGAUGGGCACUCGCGGAUACCUGGCCGGCCUGAUGGGUUCGGACAACUUCCCUACCGAAUACACUAACAACCGCGUCGCCUCCGUUGCCCCUGAGCAGUGGGAUCUCUUCCACGAGCUGAUUGUCACCGACGAGUUGUCUCGUGCCGCUUCCGGAGGUUUCGUCUGGAACGUCAUUGGAGGUUUCGGUAUCGGUUGCCCACCUAUCAUGCACUUCGGCUCAGAAGCCCUGAAGAAGCGCAUUCUCCCUGGCAUCCUCAACGGUGACAAGCGCGUCUGCCUCGCCAUCACCGAGCCCGACGCAGGAUCCGACGUUGCAAGCUUGGGCUGCGAGGCCAAGCUCUCCGAGGAUGGCAAGCACUACAUCGUCAACGGUGAGAAGAAGUGGAUCACCAACGGUAUCUGGUCCGACUACUUCACCGUUGCCGUCCGUACCGGCAAACCCGGCAUGAACGGACUCAGUGUGCUGCUCAUUGAGCGCGAGGCUGGUGGCGUUACAACUCGCCGCAUGGACUGCCAGGGUGUCUGGUCCUCGGGAACUACCUACAUCACCUUCGAGGACGUCAAGGUCCCCGUCGAGAACCUGAUCGGCAAGGAGAACCAGGGCUUCAAGGUCAUCAUGACCAACUUCAACCACGAGCGCAUCGGCAUCAUCAUCCAGUGCAUCCGCUUCUCGCGUGUCUGCUACUCCGAGUGUGUCUCGUACGCCCACAAGCGCCGCACCUUCGGCGUGCCCCUCAUCAAGCACCCCGUCAUCCGCCUCAAGCUCGCGCACAUGGCGCGCCAGAUCGAGGCCUCGUACGCGUGGCUCGAGAACCUCAUCUUCCAGUGCCAGCGCAUGGACCAGACCGAGGCCAUGCUCAAGCUUGGUGGCGCCAUUGCCAGUCUCAAGGCCCAGAGCACCGUCACUUUCGAGUACUGCGCCCGCGAGGCCAGUCAGAUCUUCGGUGGUCUGUCGUACAGCCGUGGUGGCCAGGGCGGCAAGAUCGAGCGUCUGUACCGUGAUGUGCGUGCGUACGCCAUCCCAGGUGGUAGCGAGGAGAUCAUGUUGGAUCUAAGCAUCAGGCAGGCACUGAAGGUGCACGAGAUUCUGGGAAUGAAGUUGUAGACUGGUUAGAGUCGGCUGGAAAGGGGGGGACUGGGCAGCGGGAGGAGGUUCUGGUGAUACCCGGAUUAAAAGCGAGAGGGUAUCUGUAAUUAUAUGCAUGGAUGUGUAUGUAUGUUGGCAGG